UACGACCUUGAGGACAUUUUAAACUUAAAGGCGGGGCGGCCCUGGAGCUCUGUCAGAGCCGCUCAUUUCAAACCUUGUGAAAAUCGUCGGCAGGAUGGCUGAGGAGGAGGCUGCGGUGGCUGUCUGUGUUCGUGUGCGACCCCUCAUCAGCAGAGAAGAAGAAGUUGGAGAAGCCACUCAUGUGUACUGGAAAACAGAUAACAAUGCUAUUUAUCAGAGCGAUGGGGGCAGAUCAUUCCAAUUUGAUCGUGUCUUUCAUAGUAAUGAAACCACGAAGAAUGUGUAUGACGAGAUUGCAGUGCCGAUCAUCAGCUCUGCCAUACAAGGCUACAAUGGUACUAUAUUUGCCUAUGGGCAGACUGCUUCAGGAAAAACACACACAAUGAUGGGUUCUGAAGAUUGCCUGGGAGUUAUACCCAGGGCAAUUCAUGACAUUUUCCAAAGGAUUAAGAAGUUUCCUGAGAGAGAAUUUCUCCUACGGGUUUCUUACAUGGAGAUCUACAAUGAAACCAUUACAGACUUACUCUGUAAUGCUCAAAAAGUGAAACCUUUGAUAAUUCGGGAAGACAUCAACAGGAAUGUAUAUGUUCCUGAUCUCACGGAAGAAGUGGUCUAUACAGCAGAAAUGGCUUUGAAAUGGCUCGCAACAGGAGAAAAGAACAGACAUUAUGGAAUAACCAAAAUGAAUCAAAGAAGCAGUCGUUCUCAUACGAUUUUUAGAAUGAUUUUGGAAAGCAGGGAAAAGGCUGAGUCUUCUAAUUGUGACGGCUCUAUCAAGGUGUCUCAUCUGAAUUUGGUUGAUCUUGCAGGCAGUGAAAGAGCUGCUCAAACAGGAGCUGAAGGUGUGCGAUUGAAGGAGGGCUGUUUUAUAAAUCGGAACUUGUUUAUUUUGGGACAAGUGAUUAAGAAACUCAGUGAUGGACAGGUUGGUGGUUUCAUAAAUUACCGAGAUAGCAAAUUAACACGAAUUCUUCAAAAUUCCUUGGGAGGAAAUGCGAAGACACGCAUCAUCUGUACAAUCACUCCAGUGUCACUUGAUGAAACCCUGACCACCCUGCAGUUUGCCAGCACUGCUAAGUAUAUGAAGAAUACUCCUUAUGUUAAUGAAGUGUCAAAUGAUGAAGCUCUCCUGAAAAGAUACAGAAAAGAAAUAGUGGAUCUUAAAAAACAAUUAGAGGAGGUAAAUACAAAGACUCGGGCACAGGAAAUAGAAAAGGAUCAACUGGCACAGCUUCUGGAUGAAAAAGACUUGCUUCAGAAAGUUCAGGAUGAGAAAAUUAAGAACCUGCAGCGGAUGGUGGUGACAUCAUCUUCUAUUGCAUUGCAGCAAGAGCUAGAGAUUAAAAGGAAACGAAGAGUUACUUGGUGCUAUGGCAAAAUGAAGGAUUCAAACUAUGAAAAGGAAUUUAAAAUCCCAACAAGCGUAACAACAAGAACACGGAAAACUUCCGUGACUUCUUUGAGAGAAAAUUCUAUCAUGAAGUUGAGAGAGAGCGCACUCUCUUGGGAGUCUGGAGUGUUCAAUAACACUAUUGAGCCACUGGCUGAGCUAGAGUGGAGCUCAGCCACAACACUCCUAAACGAGGAAAAUGUAGAAAGUGAGUUGAACUCACUUAAUGCUCAAUAUAAUGAUCUAGUAUUAGAUUAUGAACAGCUAAAAAGAGAAAAUGAAGACUUGAAAUUGAAAUUAGAAGAAAAAAAGGAGUUAGAGGAAUUUGAGUUUCUAGAACAAAAAGAAGAAAAAGACCAAGAGAUGCAACUAAUGCAUGAAGUUUCCAACUUAAAGAAUUUAAUUAAGCAUGCAGAAGAAUAUAAUCAAGAUCUUGAGAAUGAACUAAGUUCAAAAGUGGAGCUUCUUAAAGAAAAAGAGGACCAGAUUAAGAACCUGCAGGAAUACAUAGAUGCCCAGAAGUCAGAAAAGAUGAAGACAGACCUGUCGUACUCUUCAGACGCCACUGAAGACCUGAAACAGGCGAUGCGCACUCUGUCUGAUUUGGACACAGUGGCCCUUGACGCCAAGAAAGAAUCAGCCUUCCUUAGAAGUGAAAAUCUGGAGCUGAAGGAGAAAAUUAAUGAACUCUCAGAUUCUUGUAAGCAAAUGGAAAAUGACAUUCAGAUGUAUCAACGCCAACUGGAAACAAAAAAGAAAAUGCAAACUGAUCUGGAUAAGGAGUUACAGUCGGCUUUUCAAGAAAUAUCAAAACUCACCGCCCUGGUAGAUGGCAAAGGUUUAUUGUCUAAUUUGGAAUUGGAAAAAAGGAUUACUGAUCUCCAAAAAGAACUAAAUAAAGAAGUUGAAGAAAAAGAAAGUUUGCAAAAAGAAAUUAACUUGCUGUCGGAGUUGAAAUCUUUACCGUCUGAGGAGGAAGUGCUGAGGAGAGAGCUGCAUGAAAAAUCUGAAGAACUCUGUAUAAUAACAACAGAAAGAGAAAAAUUGUUUUCUGAAAUAGCUCAUAAAGACAGUAGAAUUCAAGGGUUACUUGAAGAAAUUGAAAACACUAAAGAUGACCUUGCGGCUUCCCAGCUGAGUCAGAGAAACAGUGCUGAGGAAUGGCAAGCCCUGAAAAGCCUGCACACGGAGCUGGAGCACAGACACGAGGGGGUCCUGGAGGAGAGUGAGAGGCUGAAGCAGGAGAUAGGAGCUCUCUCCAAAGAAGCAGAGAGCCUGGCUUUAAGUUUGGAUUCCGUGAAGGCCGAGCUUUCUCACAAGACUCAAGAGCUUGAGCAGAAAAGAGUUGAGGGUCAAGAAAGGCUAAAUAAAAUGGAGGCGCUGAGAGAAGAGUUAGAAAGCAGAAAGUCCAGCCUUCAGUCUGUAGAGGAGGAGAGAGCUCUACUCACUGAGAAGCUGCAGCAAGCCGUGGAGGAAGUAGAAGCCUUAACCCAAGAAAAGAAAGAUCUAAAGCAGCUCCAGGAGAGCCUGCAGACUGAGAGGGACCAACUCAGAAGUGACAUUCAGGACACAGUGAACACGAACAUAGAUACUCAAGAACAGUUAUUAAAUGCUCUCGAGUCUUUGAAACAACACCAAGAAACAAUUAACAUGCUGAAAAUGAAAGCUGCUGAGGAAAUGUCCAAUAAUUUGCAAAUAAAGGACAGGGGAGGAGCUAGAGAUGAAGUUCAGCAAAAGAUGGAAGGCAUACAUGAACAGAAUCUGCUGGAUGAGAGUGCCCACACAUUGGUUGGUGGUGGUAAGGACAAUGGGGUAACUGAAGAACAGAGGAAAAUAGACUCUCUAAUGCAGGAGAAUAGUGGACUCCAACAGACACUGGAAAGUAUUAGAGCAGAAAAGGACCAACUGAAGAUGGACCUAAAGGAAAAUAUCGAAAUGGGUAUUGAAAACCAGGAAGAGUUAAGAAUUCUUAGAGAUGAACUUAAAAGGCAACAAGAGAUAGCUGCACAGGAAAAAGAUCAUGCCACAGAGAAGACUCAGGAGCUCUCCAGGGCGCAGGAGAGACUGGCAGAAGCAGAAGAGCAGUUACAGGAAAAGAACCAGAAACUCCAAGAGACACAGCAGCAACUUCUUAGUACACAAGAAGCUAUGAGUGCGAUGCAGGCAAAGAUGAUCGAAGUGGAGAGCUUACAGAAUGAAUUCAGGAACCAGGGAUUGGCCUUGGAGCAUGUGGAAACAGAGAGAUUGAAGUUAGCUCAGAAACUUCAUGAAAAUUCUGAGAAGAUGAAAUCUAUAACCAAAGAAAGAAACCAUCUAAAGGAAUUGCAGGAGUCAUUUGAAAUAGAGAAAAAGCAACUAAAAGAACAUGCAAGAGAAAUGGAAGCUGCAGGCCUACAAACAAAAGAAGAGCUAAACAUUGCCCACGCAAAUCUAAAGGAGUACCAAGAAAUCAUCAAAGAUCUAAGAAGAAGCAUUUCUGAGAAAGAAGCUCAAGCAGCAGGCUCCCAGGACACAGCAAAACCCGACCCUGAAUUACAAGGCGAGAUCCCAGUGUUUGGACAGCAAGAACUACUUCCUGAUGUGAAAGAAGGCGGGGUCAGUGCGGGAAAGGUGAAUGAACUGGAGCCAGUGGAAGAACAUUCCAGAACAGUGCAUUCAAUAACAACGGAGGGUGUAGAUCUAGAAAACCUUGGGCUGACCAAGAAACUUGAAGAAAGCCAGAAGGAGAUCAGCUGUCUCACUAAAGAGAGAGAAGACCUGAGAAGGACACAGGAAGCACUUCAGGUUGAAUGUGCCCAGCUGAAAGAAGAUGCCAGAAAAACGUUGGCUAAUCAUCUAGACACUGAAGGGGAACUGAACGCUGCUCGUUGUUGCCUGAAAGAACAAGAGAACAAAAUUGACACCCUAAUAAUGAGCCUCUCACAGAAGGAAACGGAGCUGUCAAGUAUUCGGGGACAACUAGAGUUAACCACUGCUGAAUUAGAGAGAAAGGUUCAAGAACUCUGUGAGAAGCAGGAACAACUUAAUCUAAAAGAAACUAGUGAGGCUCAAGGGAAGAUGAAUGAACUAGAGCAAGUCAGGGAGCUUCUCCUUGCCAAGGACUCAGCACUGCAGAGUGUAGAAAGUGACAGGCUCCUGUUGAGUAAACAGCUUGAAGAGAGUCAAGAGGAAAUACAAAUUCUAAUGAAGGAAAGAGAAGAGCUGAGAAGAAUACAAGAGGCUCUUCGUGUGGAAAGUGAGCAGCAGAAAGAAAGCAUUAAGGAAGUCAGCACUAAGCUCCAAGAACUUCAGAGCAAAGAAUAUGAAUGUCUUGCGAUGAAGACUAUUAAUGAGACUCAAGGAAAUAGAAGUGAAAUGGACCGCUUGAACGAUCAGUUGGAGGCCCAGAAGUCAAAUCUGGAAAAGGUGGAAAUGCAGAAUGUAAACUUGACUCAAAGACUUAAUGAAACCCUUGAAGAAAUGAGAUCUGUAGCAAAAGAAAGAGAUGAGCUUUUGAGUAUAGAGGAGCACCUCACAGUAGAGAGAGACCAACUGAAGAAGAGCCUUGAAGAAACUGUAACUAAAGGUCUGGUAAAAGAGGAAGAGCUAAGAAUUGCGCAUAUACAUCUGCAAGAGCACCAGGAAACUAUCAACGGGCUCAGAAAGAUGGUGUCUGACUACACAGAUGAGAUAUCACAUACUCAAGGGAAUUUAAAGCACACAAAUGCUGUCUUAGAAGCACAGAGCCAAGAACUCCAGGAAAAAGAACAUCAACUUUCUCAAGUAAAAGCUGAUCUUGGAGAAACUAUGGAACAAAUGGAGCAAUUGAAGAAGCAGCUAGAGGCCCAGAAUUCGACUCUGGAAAGCGUAGAAAUAGAGAAGUUAAAAUUGACUCAACAACUUAAUGAAAACCUUAAAGAAAUAACACUUGUCACUAAGGAAAAUGAUGGCCUAAAAAUUAUGGAAGAAGCCCUCAGAGAAGAGCGAGACCAACUAAAGAAAAGUCUUCGACAGACAGAAGCAAGCGAUCUGGAAAAGCAAGAGAAACUAAGAGUUGCUCACAUGAAUCUGAAAGAGCACCAAGAAACUAUUGACAGACUCAUGGGGACUGUAUCUACGAAGAUGGAGGAAUUAUCAAAUAUGGAAAUGGAAUUAGAAAAUGCAAACAUUAAAUUACAAGAAAAGGUUCAAGAACUUAAGGCAAGUGAGCUUCAACUUCUUAAGUCAAAAGUAGAUGCCAGUGAAACCAAGAAGCAGCUCAAGGAGCAGGGCUUAACUCUGAGCAAGAUAGAGAUGGAGAAUUUAAAUCUGGCUCAGAAGAUUCAUGAAAACCUUGAAGAAAUGAAAUCUGUAAUAAAAGAAAGAGAUGAUCUAAAGAAAAUUGAGGAGAUACUCCGAAUGGAGAGAGACCAGCUCAAGGACAGCCUACAGGAUGCUAUGCUUAAGGCCCAUCAGAACCAUGAAGAGACCAUGAAAUAUGGAAAGGUGUUACUAUGUGGUGAAGAGCAACACGGUACAGGAAGACUUCGAGAAAAGUGCCUCAGGAUAGAAAAACUCCUGAAAAGAUAUUCAGAAAUGGCUAAUGAUUAUGAGUGCUUGAAUAGAGUCUCUCUUGACUUGGAGAGAGAAAUUAAAACCCAAAAAGAACUGUCAAUUACUAUAAGAACAAAGCUCUCACUUCCACAUACACAAACCAAAGAGAUUGAAAAACUUCUUACUGCAAACCAGAGAUGUUCCUUGGAAUUCCACAGAGUCGUCAAGAGACUUAAGUAUGUGUUAAGCUCCAUUGCAAGGAUAAAGGAAGAGCAACAUAAGUUUAUCAAUAAAUUUGAAAUGGCUUUUAUUCAGGAAGUAGAAAAGCAGAACGAACUGCAAAUUAAAAUCCAAAGCCUUUCACAGACUUACAAUAUUCCAUCCAGAGAUUUGCAGAUCAAACUGAGCCAGGAGAUGGACCUCCAUAUUGAGGAAAUUCUCAAAGAUUUUUCAGAAAAUGACUUCCUCACCAUAAAAACUGAAGUCCAACAAGUACUAAGUAAUAGAAAAGAAAUAACUGAGUUUUUGGGAAAAUGGCUAAAUACUCAUUUUGAUACAGAAGAUCUUAAAAGUAUCAUCCAGAAAGGAAACAAAAGCACCGGGCUGGUGAAUAACUUGUAUCACAGCAAAAUCACUACCAUGAUAAAUGAGUCAACAGAGUUUGAGGAAAGAAGUGCUACCAGAUCCAAAGAAUUGGAGCAUGACCUGAAGUCCCUGACAGAAACAACUCAACAACUCUCUGAAGUCUACCAGACACUGACUGCCUCCCAGUCUGCUGUGCAUUUCCAUCCUACUGUGCGGCCUUCCACACAGGACAGUAAGGGUCCUCGUGUUACAUCAGGAGCUGAACAACUGACCUCAAAGGACAAAAUUGCUUUAGGAGCUGUGCCCUAUAAAGAAGAAAUUGAGGAACUCAAAAUGCAGCUGGUGAAGGCUGACCUAGAGAAGAAGGCAGACGCCAAGGAAUAUGAAAAGGAAAUUCUUUCUAAAAAAGCCACUGUUGAACAUCAAGAAGAAGUGAUAAGGGUACUGAGAGAAAAUCUUAGAAGAAGUCAACAGGCCCAGGAUACCUCAAUGAUGUCAGAACAGGACUCUCAGCUUCUGAGUAAACCUCUGACCUGUGGAGGUGGCAGUGGGAUUGUGCAAAGCACUAAAGCUCUUAUUUUGAAAAGUGAACAUAAAAGGAUGGAAAGUGAACUUUCUAAGUUAAAGCAGGAAAAUGAGCAGCUAAGAAAGCAGAAUAAUCAACUAUUAAGGGAUAACUCUCAACUCUCCAAAGAGGGUAAAACCUGGGAGGAGAGAACUCUUAAGAGAGACACUUCCAGAGAAGCAGCUUGUGAGGAUUCUCCAAGGUCUCCUAAAGUGACUGGGACAGAUUCUAAAAGGAGACAGAACAUAACUUCUCAAUGCAGGGAACAAAAUUUCCAGGAUCCUGUACCAAAAGAUUCCCCAAAAUCUUGGUUUUUCGAUAACCGGUCAAAGUCCCUACCAGCACCUCACCCGAUCCGCUUUUUUGAUAACUCCAGUUUAGGGCUGUGCCCAGAGGAACCAGCUGAAGUGGAGAAUGUGGAGCCCAAGACAGACCUUUGUCAAGCCUCCUCCGGGAAAGCUGCGUCCGAGUGCAGAAUGCAGUAGACCCCUCAGCACCCCUGCAAUGGCUUUCUUCGUGUGUCCAGCCUGACAGUGAUGAUGCGGUCCAACUCAAGUUCAGUCUAAUUUCCACAUUAGAGUUAGAAGACGGAGGACCAAGAAACGGACUGACUGCGGUUAUUUAGAAUGGUGGUGCCAGGUCCUUCUGCUCGCAUCUGGGACAUUCCAGAAGCUGAACUGUUAAUUAUUUUUAUAUAUUGCAAGAGUAAGGGUCUUGAAGGAAAUUUUUAGUCUUUCCAUAUUGUUAUAACAUGUAUAUAUUUCAUUAAAGUUACAUAUAUAUGACUUAGAAAAUUGUGGAACAUGGCACAUAA